GUCGGAAAAAGUAAGUUUGGACCGGCGGUCAUGUGUUGCGAACUGCGCUGCAGAUCUUGACGUUUUAAACCUCGCCUCGGUUACUUAUGACCUACUCUUAAGUUGAUCAACAUAACAAUCACCAUGGCAACACCCACCAACAGUGACACCCAGGAAAAUGACCAGUAUGGAUCAGCUGACAACAUCACCCGUCUGCGUGUGUCCAGCCUGCCCAGCUCCGGCCUCACCACACCGGAGUACAACCACGAGGUCAAGCUGGAGAAAACCAGAGGAUCCAUCGUGUCCAACGACGUUGGCUUUCACCACGUGAUGCACAACAGGCUCAAGUCUCACUUCAGGUGUUCUACAGACAGGGUGAAGAAGGUGCUGUUUUCAACACUUCCAAUAUUGUCCUGGCUGCCAAAGUAUGAAGUGAGGGAGAACAUUGUGAGUGACCUUAUAGCUGGGAUAACAGUGGGCAUCAUGCACAUCCCACAAGGAAUGUCUUAUGCCUUGCUGGCCACCCUCCCUCCCAUCUAUGGGCUUUACUCAGCCUUCUUCCCUGUUAUCAUAUAUGCCUUCCUGGGGACAUCCAGACAUUUAUCUAUAGGUGUAAUGGCAGUGUUGAGUAUAAUGGUGGGUGCAACAAUAGAGAGACUACUUCCUGCAGGUGCCGGUCAGCUUCCUGCAGACCUGUACAACUCCACCAUCUCCAACACCACUAUGGCUGAGCUGCAGUACCAGGCUGAACAGGCAGAGGUCCAGGAAAGACUGUACAUUGCUGGUGCUGUGACUCUGAUGUCAGGGAUAUUUCAGGUUGCCAUGGGACUUCUCCGUCUGGGUUUCAUCACUAUCUACCUCUCAGACCCCCUGGUCAGUGCCUUCACCACCGCCGCUGCCUUCCACGUGGUCAACAGCCAGAUCAAAUACCUGUUUGGCCUGGACAUCCCAAGAUACUCAGGCCCUCUGUCUAUCGUAUAUACAGUCAUUGCGAUCUUCAGCCGCAUCACUCAGACCAACAUUGCCACCCUGGUCACCUCCAUCAUUUCCAUCAUUGUACUGGUGGUCCUGAAGGAGCUAAACUUACGCUACAAACACAAGUUAAAGGGCAUUCCUAUACCUUCUGAACUUAUAGUGCUCAUCAUCGGCACUGUAGUGUCACACUUUGCCUCAAUGGAGGAGAGGUAUGGUGUUAAGGUGGUUGGUGUCAUUCCCACUGGCCUGCCCAAACCUACAGUCCCCCGAGUGUCCCUCUUCGGUCAAGUGGCCCCGGACUGUGUGGCCAUCUCACUGGUGUCCUUCUCCUACUCACUAGCCAUUGCCAAACUCUUCUCCAAGAAGUACGCCUAUGGAAUAGAUGCCAACCAGGAGUUGCUUGCCUAUGGAACGAGCAACUUGUUUGGAUCCUUCUUCUCUUGUUUUGUAUGUUCCACAGCGAUCUCACGCACAUUAGUAGGAGAGGCUGCGGGUACUAAAACACAGCUCAUGUCCCUGGUGCAGUGUGUAGUAAUGCUGCUGGUGCUGCUGUUUAUGGGACCUCUCUUCAGAUCAAGUCAGAUUUCCGUGCUGGCAGUGAUCGUGGUGGUGAACGUGAAGAACAUGUUUAAGCAGUUCUCUGAACUCAAACCACUGUGGAGGACCAGUAGAAUUGACUUUGUGAUCUGGUGGGUGACAUUUUUGGCAGUUGUCCUGCUGGGGCUGGACAUUGGCCUGGGGACAGGGAUGGCCUUCUGCCUGCUGACUGUCCUGUUCCGCUCACAGCGUCCAGCCACCACACUACUGGGGCAGGUCCCCAACUGUGACAUCUACAGAGACAUACACAACUACAAGGCUGCUCAAGAGAUCCCAAGUGUGAAGAUCUUCAGGUUUGACAUGUCCCUGUUCUUCUCCAACUGUGACCACUUUAAGACGUCCCUGUACUCACAGACAGGGGUGGAUCCCGUCAUACUGCUGGCUCAGAGGAAAAAGGCAGAGGCAGAAAGAGAGAAGAUAGAAAAGAAGAGAGCAAAAGAAGCCAAGAAAAGUUCUCAGGACGGGAAGGAAAUGGUUGAGUUGGAUGGUUUUAUUCCAAUGGAAGUGGAAGACCCUCCCACACCCAAGUUGAAAACAGUGAUCCUUGACUGUGGACCCUUCAACUUCCUGGACUCUGUGGCAGUUAACACACUUACUCAGGUACAUAAGGACUACAAAAGUGUUGGAGUCAGGUUUCUUCUGGCCCACUGCAAAGCUAACAUCAGAGACCAGCUUGUGUCUUGUGGAUUCUUUGAGAAAAUCGAGUGUGACAACUUGUUUAUCAGUGUACAUGAUGCAGUACUCUUCUCCUUAGCAGAGGAUGCAAAGGAAGAAGCCAAAGAGGAAGAAUCACAACAAGAUGGCCAGGCUACAGAUGUUACACACAUUGAGAUGGAGAGUGAAAUUUGAGAUGCCAUCAAGACUACCAUAUCAUUGCAAUUUUAGGUCUCAUGUGUGAUUUCAAUUACAUAGUUUACAAUAUUACAAUAGAGUACAAUGUAUUUGUAUAUAUGUUAUACUGAAUCAUGUUUUUCAAGUUUUCUUGGAAUGUGUCAAAUUACAAGAAACUAGACAUUUGUAUCAGGCAUAUUGCCUUGUUCAGGUUUGGGUAUAUGUGCAAGUAUAAACCAUGUCAAAAGGGUGAAGAUUUUUCAAUACACAUUUUACACAAAUUUUAAUAACUGAUAUUAAGGGGUAACUGUAAAAACAGUUUUUACAGUUACCCGAUAUUAAGCAGAGUUAUUUGGAAGAAGAUCUGUGACAGAAGUAAUUUUUCAAAAGAUAUAAUUAUUUUCUUAAAAAAGAGCUGUAUUACAUAUACAGAAGAGAUCAUGUACACAUGCAAUUAUUUUCCUCGCAUUUU